AUGGGGAAUUUACCAGCCAAACCGCCAAGUUAUGAAGGAAGUCAAAACAGAUCAAUAUCGGUCGAAGCGCUUCAACUCUUUUCAAAAACGAUAUACGACUCAUCUAUUAUUCCACCGUCAGCAGAAAUUUUAUUUCAUAUCAUGACGUCACAUGAGAUGCAAUUACUUUGUUUCUUUCUUGAGAACAACGGGUUUGUGGCGUGUGUGCUCUCACACGACGAAAAGGCUUCGAUUUUCCAAAAGGAAGAAAACUCGACAUUUGUAGGUUCCACAGACAACAAAUACUAUCAAACUACUAUCUUAUUUGAAAUCAAUGGAAAAAUUUUCACAAAAAAUAACACUUUCACUAACUCGUCUAAGACUUCUAUCAUAUCAUCAACUUCGGAGUUAACUUGUGGAGUCAUUCGUUUACAACUUCCAGGUAAUGGAGAAACGUCACACAGGUGUACACUUGAUAUCACACUUGAUCAGAUAGAACGGCCAAAAGAUGUUCCGCAACAAAUCGUUGAGAAUAUCGAGCAUUUACUGAUAUGUGUUAUUGAUUGA